CAUUUUUGUACAUUCACUUGCAUUUUCUGCUACAUUUGAUUCUAGAAAUCGGGCAGCUGUGUGUAGAAAUGGAUUUUGAUCCUAGGUUUGACCACAACGGUUCUCGUCAAUCACGCCACAUCCCAAUACCGGAUGUUCCUCCUAUUCAUGACCCGCAAGAUCAUUACCCUCCGCGCCCUGUUCCUAUUCCAGAACCGCAAGAUCAUUACCCUCCGCGUCCAUACAGCGCCCACCAAUACAGUAGCGCAAGUCCAUUAAGCUCGCACCCAACCUACAGCGAAUAUGCCCCGAGCUAUCACACAUAUGAUGGCCCCGGACCCGACGACGAUUUUGAUGCAGAAGCCCAAUCCCAGGGUGGAUACCACGAGAAUUACCAAUCUUCACCUCAAGAUAUUCCCUUGCUAGCAAGGCCGAUCUCCAACCAGCACCUCUACAGCGCAAGCGUGGAGAACCUCGCCAGACCUGUAUCAACGGGACCAUUGUCUCCACCAGGACCUCGUCCGCUGCAUCUAGGGCAGUCAAUUGAGGAAGAAUCAAACCAUUUGAAUAAAGCCAACUUUGGGCAUCUAGUUUACGACUGCCCCGUGCCGCCAAAGCUGUUGAAGAACAUUCCUCAUGCGCAGCCCCCAGGACGAGAUGAAUUCACGCAUAUGCGAUAUACUGCAGUGACAUGCGAUCCAGAAGAAUUUACAGCGGAACGCUUUACGCUUCGGCCACAGCUUUUCCAACAGCGAAGACGGACCGAGUUGUUCAUUGUGGUGACAAUGUAUAACGAAGACGAUGUCCUGUUCGCCAGGACUAUGGCAGGAGUAUUCAAGAACAUCGAAUACAUGUGCUCGCUGAAAGGUAAGCACAAGGGCUUGUGGGAUGAGAAUGGGUGGAAGAAGAUCGUGGUUUGCGUUGUAAACGAUGGCCGUGCCAAACUCGAUGCGAGAACGAGGGCAGUGAUGACCGCGCUUGGUGUGUACCAGCAUGGUGUAAUGGUCGAAGAAGUCAACAAAAAGCCUGUCACAGCUCACUUGUACGAAUACACCACCAAGGUCGGUAUCGAUCUCCGCAAAGGCGUCGUGGAAACAAAGCCUGGUAUUGGUUGUCCUGUCCAGAUGAUCUUCUGCCUGAAGGAAAAGAAUCAGAAAAAGAUCAAUUCCCACAGAUGGGCGCUUCAAGCUUUUGGAGGGGCGCUCCAACCGAAUAUCUGUGUCCUUCUCGAUGCUGGAACACGGCCCGGCGACAGGUCGAUCUACGAACUCUGGAAAGCUUUCGAACUUAAUCCGAAUUGUGGUGGAGCUUGCGGUGAAAUCAAAGCCAUGCUGGGAAAAGGCAGAGGUGUCGAGAAACUGCUUAAUCCACUGAUUGCAGCUCAGAACUUCGAGUACAAAAUGAGUAACAUCCUCGAUAAACCCAUGGAGUCAGCAUUUGGUUUCAUUUCCGUGCUUCCGGGUGCAUUCUCUGCAUACCGGUUCGUUGCUCUGCAGAACGAUGCUAAGGGCAAAGGUCCCUUGGAGAAGUACUUCGAUGGCGAGAAACAUCAUCUGGAUGCGGAUAUCUUUACCAAGAAUAUGUAUCUGGCUGAGGAUCGAAUUCUGUGUUUCGAGCUCGUGGCUAAACGCAAGUCUCGAUGGGUCCUCACGUACGUCUGCUCGGCUCAGGGAGAAACAGAUGUUCCUGAAGAAAUGCCGGAGCUGAUCAAACAGCGAAGACGAUGGCUCAAUGGCUCCUUUUUCGCGGCUGUAUAUGCCCUUGUUCAUUUCUAUCAGAUUUUUCGCAGCUCUCACAGUUUCCUGAGGAAGUGCAUGUUCAUGGUUGAGUUUCUGUAUCAACUUAUUAGCAUGAUCUUCGCUUGGUUUGCUGUUGGAAACUUCUUCCUCGUCUUUCAGAUCCUCACGACUGCGCUAGGUGGGCCGACGCUCCUUGGUAAGACUGGUGAAAUUCUCUCAGUCAUCAUUGAAUGGGUCUACCUGGGGUCUCUGGUCGCAUGUUUUGUCCUUUCACUGGGGAAUACACCUGAUGGUUCGAGGAAAUUCUACAUGACGAUGGUCUACUCUUGGGGAGUGAUAAUGAUAUAUCUCCUCUUCGCUUCUGUGUUCAUCACCAUCAAGUCUGUUGAGGCAGAAGCGGAGGAUGGAGUGUUCACAUUCGGAAAACUGUUUACGAACCAGAUAUUCUUCACUCUCAUAGUAUCGUUGCUCUCAACCUACGUUCUCUGGAUCUUUAUUUCGAUUGUGUUUCUGGAUCCCUGGCAUAUCGUGUCAUCAUCACUCCAAUACCUCCUUCUAUCCCCAACAUACACAAACGUCAUCAACGUCUACGCCUUCUGCAACACCCACGACGUAACCUGGGGUACGAAAGGCGACGACAAAGCCCCAGCCCUGAAAACCGCAACCGUGAACUCGGAAGGCAAAUCCGACCAAGAACCAAACUUUGACGACGGCGACCUCGACGAACUCUACGACACGGCGCUGCAGAAAUUCGCUUCCGAAGCAGUUGAAGAGCCCAAGACCACAGAUGCAAAGGAUGCUGAUGAAGGGUACAGGAAGGCUUUCAGAACGUAUGUUGUGCUAGUGUGGAUGUUUUGCAAUGCAGCGCUGGUGGCGAUCGUGUUGAAUGCCGGGGGUUUGAAUAGGCUGGAACUUAAUCCGUCAGGGCAGGAGGCGACGAGUGCGAAGGUUAAGACUUACUUGCUGGUUGUUUUGUGGAGCGUUGCUGGGUUGUCUGCUUUUAAGUUUGUGGGUGCGAUGUGGUACAAGAUUCACAGAAUCUUCCAGAGGUAGGUAAAUCGAUUGGGACGGCGAGGUAGAUAAGAAUGUUAAAUGGGGAAUAUUUUAUGUUUACACAGCACGGAAUAAAAUGGAGCUAUAGGCGUAGGAGGAAUUAAAUACGCUGAAUGGUCUGUUUUCAUGUGCAUAGUGUGUAUAGUCCCAAUAAGCUGCUGUACAUUCCAGUGAUGUGCCCG